AUGGCUGAGCGCGCCUAUAGGCCGAAGAUGACCGUGAGACUGUUGCAACUAACGAUACCUUUCUUCUUGCCAGGCGUGAGUAAGAUGUUCACUGCUGCUGCCAUUGACCACCUCAUAAAGCACGGCAAACUCUCCAUUCGGACAAAGGUCUAUAAGCGGAUAGGCUAUUCCGCAAAGGGCCAGCGGGCCAUGAGUAUCAUUGUCAAACAUCUGCUCGAACAUAAGGGAGGAUAUGAUGGACGUGAAGCUAGCGAGGAUAUCUCAGUAGACUUCAACAAAGAAUAUCUUUCGAAGCUUGGAUCAGUUGCUGCAGUGUACUGGGGAUACGGUGCUAUUAUGGAAGAAUGCAGCGCUGCGUUUUCUCUCAAAGCGAGUGCCAGCACCAUUGCCAAGUUUGCUGGGUUCCAUGCUGUGAGCGGAAUUGGGCUUCGAAAGAAUGGUUCUCAUCGGGGUGACUUCGAAGGCGCCCGCACCCACGUCGAGAGCAAUGAGUAUUUCGACUUUGCUGUGGUGCUCAACACUAGAGACUUUGCUUCAUUCGAUGAUCUGACAGAGAAUCAAGUUCACCUGCUCCAAGAUGACUUGAUGCCCUGA